AUCGGGGCUCGAGAUAUUUAGAGCUCCCAAAUCACUCCGGAAAUGGAGGCAGUGCAUUAUUCGACCGUUGUUUCCAGCCAAUUUUCUGCGAAAUCUCAUCCUCCGUCGACGAACAAAGCCUUCUACUGGCCCAACUGCGCCGUAAAUUCGACUAAGUUUAGCUCUUCGUGGACUGGCUCGAGCAACGCUAGUUCUCUAUCUUGCAGUAACCUGUUCACUAGAGAGGUAUGCGGAUGGGUGAAUUCGAAGACUGUUAAUCGUAGAAAGAAUAUGCGCAGUGUAGUGAGGGCAGAAAUGUUUGGGCAGUUGACGAGCGGCCUCGAGACGGCUUGGAACAAGCUCAAAGGAGAAGAGGUUUUGACCAAGGAAAACAUUGUGGAGCCAAUGCGAGACAUUAGGAGGGCUCUUCUGGAAGCAGAUGUGAGCCUUCCUGUUGUUAGAAGAUUUGUUCAAGCCGUUAGUGACCAGGCUGUUGGGGUUGGUCUGAUUCGAGGAGUGAGACCCGAUCAACAAUUGGUUAAGAUUGUACAUGAGGAGCUAGUGAAAUUGAUGGGUGGAGAGGUGUCUGAAUUAAGUUUUGCAAAAUCUGGCCCCACCGUUAUUCUAUUAGCUGGUCUACAAGGAGUUGGAAAGACAACUGUUUGUGCCAAGUUGGCUAAUUAUCUUAAGAAACAGGGAAAGAAUUGUAUGCUUGUUGCUGGAGAUGUGUACAGGCCUGCUGCUAUUGACCAACUUGUAAUUUUGGGAGAACAGGUUGGUGUGCCUGUUUAUACUGCGGGGACAGAGGUUAAACCUUCAGAAAUUGCCAGGCAAGCCUUAGAAGAGGCUAAAAGGAAGAACAUAAAUAUAGUCAUAAUGGAUACUGCUGGUAGACUGCAGAUAGAUAAAUCCAUGAUGGAUGAGUUGAAAGAGGUGAAGAAGGUGCUGAAUCCAACAGAGGUUUUGCUUGUCGUGGAUGCAAUGACUGGCCAAGAAGCAGCAGCCUUGGUAACAACAUUCAAUCUUGAGAUCGGAAUUACAGGUGCUAUAUUGACAAAGCUAGAUGGGGAUUCCCGAGGUGGUGCAGCUUUGAGUGUUAAAGAGGUUUCUGGAAAGCCAAUCAAGCUUGUAGGUCGGGGAGAACGGAUGGAGGAUCUUGAACCUUUUUACCCCGAUCGUAUGGCCGGACGCAUCUUGGGAAUGGGAGAUGUUCUAUCAUUUGUAGAGAAGGCACAAGAAGUGAUGCGCCAAGAAGAUGCUGAAGAAUUGCAAAAGAAGAUAAUGAGUGCAAAUUUUGACUUCAACGAUUUCCUAAAGCAAACACGUGCCGUCGCACGUAUGGGCUCAAUGACUCGUGUUAUUGGAAUGAUCCCUGGCAUGGGAAAGGUUACUCCUGCACAAGUUCGAGAAGCAGAGAAGAGUUUAAAGAUAAUGGAAGGGAUGAUUGAAGCAAUGACACCUGAGGAAAGGGAAAAGCCAGAAUUGUUGGCAGAAUCUCCUGUCCGGAGGAAAAGAGUAGCUCAGGAUUCUGGCAAAACAGAGCAACAGGUGAGCCAACUCGUUGCUCAACUCUUCCAAAUGCUCGUUCGUAUGAAGAAUUUAAUGGGAGUGAUGGAAGGUGGAUCCAUCCCUGCUCUAAGCAAUCUUGAAGAUGCACUUAAAUCUGAACAAAAGGCUCCUCCUGGCACCGCAAGGAGGAAAAGAAGAUCACCAUCAAGGAGGCAAUUUGUAGACACAGCAUCAACAAGGCCCUCUCCUCGCGGGUUUGGGUCUAAGAACUAGAGAACUUGCUGGUCACCACUGCAAUGAAAACUAGGUUGACAAAUUCUGGGCGGCCACCAAAAUUGUUACUGAUGAUUCGGUAACUCAUGAAGUCAGAGUCUCAAGUUUGAAUGAGCAGCAAGAAGUCUUUCUUGUUUGUCAUGGAUGCGGCACUUUUUAUCUGAUUUUCUAGUCAGUGAUGCCAUUAAAAUACUUAAAACUGGAGAAUUGUUUGUGGAAGAAACACCACGCAUUAUUUUUAGAGAACGAAAAUGUCAUUUUGUUGAUGUUUUAUCCAUUUCGAUACUGGUGAGAAGAAGUGUAGAGUUGUUUAAACUUUAGAGUGAUGGUUCAUCAACAAAAAGUCUGUAGUUUCUUGUGAUAGAUUCUUUCAACCCAUGAAUUCAGACAAGUUUGUUGAACAGAUGAACAUCCAAGCCUUUGUCA